GAAUGUUUUUUUAUUAUUAUUAUUUUCAAGCAAUUGUUGUGAUGAUACGCACUUGACAUCCCAGAUAUAAGUACCGAAAAACCGUGUUUCAUUCAUAUUUGUAUAUUUGUGCCGCUGUUCAUAUCAAGUGUAAUCCGUCGAAAUGUUCAAGAUUUCAUCAUCGUGUGCUCGGAAAAUUAAAUUUUCGUCCGGUUUGAUAGCUGCUCGAACAUUUUCAGUGUCAAGUGCUUCCUACGACAAAUACAAAUGCAAAGCAUUGAUUGUUGGAGGCGGAACGGGCGGUUGUUCGAUAGCGGCAAAAUUAUCAUCCAAUUACGGUCAACAUCAAUGUAUCAUUUUGGAACCGGCCGAUGAUCAUUAUUAUCAGCCCAUGUUUACAAUGAUCGGAGGCGGUAUGAAAACACUUUCACAAUCCCGACGCAGUAUGUCGACGGUGUUGCCGAAAAAAGCCAAAUGGAUCAAAGAUGCUGCAGCUAAAUUUAACCCAAAUGCGAAUGAAGUGAUCACCAAACAAGGUCACACCAUUUCAUAUGAUAUUCUCAUCAUUGCCGUUGGUCUGCAGCUGUGCUAUGGAAAGAUUCCUGGUUUAGAGGAAGCGCUUUCGGUUCCAAAUGGAAAUGUCACAUCAAUCUAUUCGCCGAAAUAUGUUGAUCGCCAUUUGAAUGCACUAAAAAAAUUUGAAAGUGGCAAUAUAUGCUUUACAUUCCCAGCAUCGCCCGUUAAAUGUCCCGGCGCACCACAAAAAAUCUGUUACAUAACGGAGCAUUUUCUACGAAAAGCAAAUAAACGACAAAAGGCUCAUAUUAUGUAUAAUACGUCGCUGCCCACAAUAUUUGGCUGUAAAUAUUUUGCUGACGCAUUGUGGAAAGUGGCCAACGAACGUGAAAUCGAGGUUAAUCUUAAAACCAAUUUGAUCGAAGUUCAGGGCGAUAAAAAUACAGCGAUUUUUGCGAAUGUUGAUAAUCCCAAUGAAAGGAAAAGUGUGCAGUAUUCAAUUUUACAUGCAGUUCCUCCGCAAAGCGUCCCACAAGUGCUGCUCGAAUCAAAAGAUCUGACCAAUGAAGCUGGUUUCGUUGAUGUUGAUAAAUCGACUCUGCAGCACGUGAAAUACCCGAAUGUUUUUGCACUUGGAGACUGCGCUUCAACUCCAAACAGCAAAACCAUGGCGGCCAUAGCGGCUCAAGUUGGAGUGUUGCACAAAAACAUCACACAAUUUUCAAAGGGAAAAUCACUCGAUUCGAAUUAUGACGGAUAUGCCUCAUGUCCAUUGGUUACGGGUUAUGAUAGCUGUAUUAUGGCUGAGUUCGAUUAUGAUCUUCAGCCCAAGGAAUCGUUCCCCUUCCGCCAGGACCAAGAACGAUACUCAAUGUUUGUGGUGAAACGUGAUUUUAUGCCGCUCUUGUAUUGGCAUCUCAUGCUAAAUGGAUGGUGGAAUGGUCCAGAGCCGUUACGUAAAUUUUUCUCGAUUUUUAAACUCAAUUAAUUUACUCAUUUGUUUUCAACGCGUUUUUUGAAGACAUUUUCAAUAUUUUUUUCUACUUCAAAUCGGAUAUUGUUUUGUAUCGUGUCAUUUUAAAAUUCUCUAUUUUACACGUAACGUAAUAUCCGUAAAAUACAUCGCACAUGUUUGUACACAUUGUAAAGUCGAACAAAAAUAAAGUAUAUUUUUUCAAACUAUCAA